GUUCACUAUGGUGAAGACUAAAAGCACUCGUCCUAUAUUUCACAUUGAAGGGACAUUUUACCACUAUGAGAGUGACGACGAUGAGUCUAUACAAUCAGGAUCAAGCAAGUCUAGCGGGGAAGUAGUCUAUCAAGAUGAGGUUGUUAUAAGACACACGUCAACCAGGAAGCACAUUACGGCCAAGCAGAAACCGACAAAGAAGCACUUUUUGUGCAAGAAAACACUAGAGUCUAAUACAGAAGAUGAUAACUCAAACAUUGAGGAAGUCAUUCCAAAGAAGCACGCAGCAACUAAGAAGCAGGAUUCAGCUAAGAAGAUUGCCCCAGCUCGUCACAUCUCAGAAUCUGAGUCGGAAGAAAGUUCAGAUGCUGAGGAGGUAGUUACUCCCAAGAAGCGCGUUCCGGUUAAACACUGCUUGGUCAAGAGGCGAAGGAAGACCACUGAAGUCAUCUCUUCUUCUGAAGAUGAUUCAGAUACCCUAGUAGAGCCUGACUCAGAUAAUGAGAGCUCCGAAUCUGAGGAGGUCGUCGUUCCGAAGCGUACCAAAAAUAAGAGCCAUACAUCGAUGAAGCACACCUCGAAGAAGAAGAAUGUCAAGAAGGUAUCCAAGCCCGUUCCUCCUCCUGAGAGUGACUCGGACUCUACAGACUCGGACUCUACAGACUCGGACUCUACAGACUCGGACUCUACAGAAGAGCCUAACACAGACGAAGAUGGCUCAGAAUCAGAAGAGGUCGUCAUUCCCAAGCGCUCUCGAAACAAGAAACAAGCUCCGGUGAAGAAGAAAGGUUCAACCAAGAAGCAGGCCCCUAUCAAGAAGGCUAAAAAGAAAUCCAAGCCCUCCCCUCCUCCUGAGAGCGAAUCCGAUUCUACUGAAGAGGACUCUGCAGAGGACUCUGAAGCGGGAUCUGAAGAGGAAUCUGAAAAUGAACCUAACAGCGAGGAAAGCUCGGAUGAAGAGGUCGUUGUUACUAAGAAACAAGCCUCAGCUAGAAAGCCAGUUGGGGCCGAAGUAGAAACCGAUCCGAAAGAAGACAGUCCUAGUCCUAAGGUUGUUACUACUAAGAAGCAACCUCAGAAGAACUUGGGGAGUAUCGUAAUGGACGCGUACAGGGAUAAAGACUGGACCAUCGUCCAAGACGGGGCGAUAUGCUUCUCAAAAUACAAGGGUCUGUCGCUACAACAUGUGGCUAAUAAGCUACAGCGCAAGGAGAAAGACGUCCUGGCCCGCUAUCAGAAAAUUGCGAAACUGGCAAAGGAGGGUGGAUUCACCGUUGAGCACCUCGGUCAGGUCUUCGAGGCGGACAUAAAUAACAGGUCUAAACUCAAGUCCAAGUAUAAGCACCAAGGGUACGCAGAAUCUAACCCCGGCAACUGUAAUGGCGAAGAGCCCAAAGGCACGGACAAAGGAAAGGAGAAGGCCGAAUACAGCGAAUACAGCGAGCCUAUAAAAUCCUGGGUCAAAUCCAUUCCUUCAACCUGCAGCUACCCGUCUUCCUCGACAUCAUCUUCCGCCCCCUCUAUCUCUGGUGCUACCGUAGGAACCUUUGCAACAGUUUCUGUACCCGAGGCAGAUCGGAUCGACGUACUUCGCACGCUGUCACGGAUAUACCCGAACAAAAAGGUCUUCUAUCCUGACGCUACAUUUAACUUGCAGGACUGCCACGCUCUUGCUAUUGCUGAGGCGCGGUACCGGGGCCAGCAGUUCAGAUAUAUCCAGGCCGAUUUUGAGAACCUGACUGGCCGGUACGUGGACAUCGGGGUGCUGCAGGCGAAGCUUGCCCAGGGAACGAGCCCUGACGACCCGGUUAAUGUGAACUGGGGUGGUUUCCGUCAUUAUUAGGCAGAGUGCUUAUUAGAGGAAAGGCCUUGUGGAUGGAGAGCUUGUUGGGGGAAACAUGGCUCAAGAUUUCGGGCUUUAGUAGUAGUAUUUUGGGAGGAAGAGUAUGGCCUAGGUUAGGGGAUUGUAUAGAGGGGUUGGACUAUACGGCCUAUUUUGGCUUUUAAGUCAAGGAGGAUAUAAGUAUAUUUCAUUCCUCAGGUGUACGAACAUAGAACAUGCUCCUCAACAGGCUCGGG